ACCGCCAGUCGGCAGUGUUGGCCUGGCGCACGCGGGCCGAGGUGGUCCCCCUCGUCUGUUAUGCCGCAGGAGCCCAGUGGCGGCGAACCGUACACAGCUUGCUGGCGGUCGGCUGGCUGCUUAAACGCCCUCACAGACUCCAGUGUUUCGGCAGCACCUGGGGCGCACAUUAGUAGCAAUGACCUCCCGACUGUGACGAAGUGAGUUCAGUGCACGCGCUAAAGCCUAAGUUGACAGGUGUUUCGCGAGACAUCAAGUGUGUCUCGGACUCUUUAGAUCUGCCGUCUGGAAGCCAUUGCUAUUGAAGUCCGUGGUCCUCCGUUAUUCUGGUGAAAGUUUGGCUCUCUUCAAACAUGUGGUGGUCUGUCAGUUUGUGGUUUACCCUCUCGAUAUCGACAGUCGCAAUUGCUCUCCUGUACGCGUACCUAUCGUCGGUGAAAAACCACUGGAAGAGACUCGGCGUGCCGUACGUCAGAGGAGAGCUGUUAUUCGGCAACGUCCGCCGCAUGCUCUUCGCCCAAGAGGCGAUUCCCGCCUUUUUCCACAGGAUUUCCCAACAGCUCGGCGACGUGCCCUACGGAGGAUUCCACAUGAUGCUGACGCCGUGCCUCAUGAUGAAGGACGUCAGACUCAUCAAUAGAAUCCUGGUGGCUGACUUCGCCCAUUUCAGCAACAGGUUCAGUCCAGAGAGCGUGGAGGUGGACCCUCUGGGCCAGCACCUGUUCGGCAUGUGCGCCGCCCUCUGGAGGGAGAUGCGGCCCCGCAUGUCGGCCGCCUUCUCCGUCAGCUCGUGCCGGCGCGACUUCUGCCUGGUGCGGCUCUGCUGCGACCGCCUGCAGCUCUUCGUGCAGGAGGCCCUCCAGGGCCGCAGCAGCCGCGAGUUCGACCUCAAGGACCUGCUCGCGUCCUUCACCACCGACGUCAUCGGCAUGAGCGCCUUCGGCAUCGAGUGCGGAGCCAUCGACGACCCUCACUCGCAGUUCCGGCGUAUCAGUGGUAUGAUUCUUCCGCAUUCGAAGAAAGAGAUUAUCGGCGCGAUGCUGGCCUUUAUGCUUCCAAGACUCGGGGCUGUAUUGAGAGUGAAAUACUUCAGUUCCACGGUGGCGGAGUUCUUCGACCGUAUAGUCCUGGAAACCAUGGAGUACAGAAAGAAGAACAACAUUCGUCGGGAGGAUCUGGUACAUUUUAUGAUGGAACUGAAAGAUCAAGGUUUCACGUCUGAGGAAAGCACCGAAAAGAUAGAGGUGACUGACAACUUGGUGGUGGCGCAGCUGCUGCUGGCGUUCACUCUUGGAUUCGAGAUGACGUCGUCGGCUAUGAGUUUCUGUCUGCACGAGCUGUCCAUCAACCCCGUGCUGCAGACACGCGCGCACAAGGAAGUGGACGCAGUUCUCUCCCGCCAUGGGGGUGAGAUCACCUACGACGCCAUCCAAGAGAUGACCUACAUGGACCUGCUAGUGGCAGAGACGCUGCGGCUGUACCCACUGCAGUCAUACCUGAUGCGGCAGUGCACGCAGACGUACCGGGUACCGGACAGCGGGCUGGUGGUGCAGCCAGGCACCAUGGUGUAUGUGCCAGUGCUGUCACUGCAUCGGGACCCCCACCACUACCCGGACCCACUGCGCUUCGACCCAGAGCGCUUCGCCGACAACCAAGGCAGUGCGACAGGCGCCCCUUACUGGCCGUUUGGCGAUGGUCCCAGGGCCUGUCUGGGACAGAAAUACGCACAGGUGGUGGUGAAGGCGGGCCUCGCGGCGCUACUUUCGCGCUUCGAGUUCCGGCCGUGUCCGCGGUCCUCUGGAAGGCCGGCAGAGUACGAGCCGCACAGGAUUCUGGGCUCCCCGGCAGGUGGGCUAUGGGUCCGCAUCAUCCCCAGGCCGUGGCUGCCAAUGCACUGAGGGCGGCCUGCGCUCCACACCUGCGGGCGGCGCUCCUGGCCAGCUCGUGGUCGUGCUCGUGAAUCCACUGGAGCACGGAACACUUCCGAGACUCACACGUGGUCUGUGGAUCAGUCCCAUGUGCAUUUCGUUGGUGUUUCUACGGUAAAGACAGGCCACACUCCGUAUCAAUGUCGGCAUACUUAAGAGUUCCAGUUCUGCAUGAGACUUUCUGGAAGGCCAUUGGAAUUAGAGACCACAAAUACUCCAUGCCCCCCCCCCUCCCGCUUCCACUCCCCCUACAGAUGACUUUUGAGCCCGUGUCAGCUGCAGACGACGGCUGCUUCUCAACCGAAAAUGGGUCACACUUCACACUUCAUCAGGCGGCUCUACCUGGACAUUUGGAUCUCGAGGUGUGCCUGACUAAUUUAUGAGGCCGAUGGACUUCGAGCUGCUGGCGACCUAUGUGACCGUGUAAUCCUCAAGCCAUGGCUGGAUCUUAUCACAGCAGGGAGUCAAAACAGUUUUGAGGAAACCCAAGGUAACGAGGGAGGUUCAAUAAAUACUCGUCUUGGGAAUGAACUCGCCAUUGUUGCACACUAUUUACUCCUUUCAGUUUCUUCCAUUGAAUAAUGUACACGUUUUCCAGCUCCUGUGCCGUUCUCAGAAUUCUUGGAAAAUAGACUUAAGUUCUCUAAAACACAAGCGUCUCUGUCUUGAUGAUGUUGUCGACUUUGAACUGAAUUUAUUGCCUACGCGAAAUUCAUUCAACAGCAAGAAGAAGUUCUCCGUUGGGUGACUAUGUAGGUGGAGGAGAGGGGGAGGGCAAACUGACUGUCAAAAACUGAAAACGAAUUCGGUUGGGGUUUCGGUGACCACUUCGGAAGGUGAUGCUGGCGUUUGGUCUUUUUGCGAAAAGUACUUCAAUUGCUUAUCACGUUCCCUAAUUUCCGACUGUAGUAGUCUCCUGUUUUCGUUUCUGAAAGAAAUUCAGGAAUAUAAAGUCCCCCCCCCCCCCCAAACGCAAGCAAUCGCCCCCAAAACUUAUCCAGCCAACGAACCUGCCUUUACUUUCAUUCAGGGUGACUCAUCGGAAGUUGUUUGCUUCGAUUGCUCUUUGGUUCGUGGGGUAAAACCAUGACUUCAAGUAUCGUCGCCGGUGACAGCUCGACGCAAAAUGGCCCUCUGGUCUCACUUUAACGUUUCCAAACGUAGCUUCGAAGUGGAAAGCUGUCGAUUGCUGUCCACUACUGCUAAUCGCGCCGUACGGAAGCUAGUGAAGUGAGUUCAUUUUCACCAUCUCGUGUAUAAUAUUAACCACAGUUGCCGUGGACAAACUUAUAGUCUCUGCUAAUUCGUACACUAUCGCUCUCUCUGAAUGGUCAGCGAGACUUUGCAAUGAUUUCUUUGACGGCUGUGUCUACAAAGCUUCCUGACAUCACCCUUAAAUUCGUUGAAACAAUACAAUCAUUAUCGCUGAUACGUAAGGGUCACCAUAAAGAGCAUAUCAGAUCAGCUUUAUAUUAUCACACCUUCUGCGCUUUUAGUGAAUUGCUGAAUUACACUACAGCUGGGCCAGAAAGUUGUUAGCACCAUUUACUGAAAUGACUGUCAAAUGCAAACAAACUUAUGAGCUAGAUUAAUUUUUGUUUUCGCCGCAUAUAGUGAUUCUGACACGAGCUUCCUUUAGAAACAGCACAUUUCUUGAAACACUCGUAAUUCCUGAACCGCCUAAGUGGAUCCAUGACACGCCACUGGGGGAUCGUCAACUCCUCAGCCGCUUCUGUUGUUGUGUGCUUGUCAUCUGGUAACGAGGUUGCAUGGCAAGAUAAGGAACGGAUCGUGAUCACACGAAAGAUAAAGAAUCUUUGUGGUUGAACAACCAUACUCAUGUACCAUAUUACUGGACCUUGAGGAAUAAACUUUUAUAUCCAGUACUGAUCACACUACUCGUAAACAGAAUUGACGAAGUUCCUUUCCUUUUGUCAUUCCUCUGAAUGAAAACUGUACAUAUUAAAGAAAACGUUAUAAAGUCGAA